AUGACGGGGGAGGAAAAUGGUGACGUCCGCCUCGAGGCUAUGCCUACAGUAGAUGCUUUUCUUGAGCUGGACGAGACGUCCCUUGAAGAUUUCGGCAGUGCCUUGAAGGCAGGCGAUUUGGCCGAGGUGGUCAUUGUGCGACCGGAAGAGGAGAUAAACUCGUCAUCGCUUUUGGAUGAAGCUGUCUUGGAGGACACCAAGAGAGUGCUGGACGCAAGAAUUGAAUUGUCGAUCCUAUGGAAUCCCUUGGAUCCGUAUUAG